CUGUCUGAAUUCUCGCCAGCUGUGUGUGCUGGAACAGAAACGGAUAUACCCGCACGUUUACUUUCUAUGAAGAUAUUACCGUGAUUUUAUUAGGUUAAUCGCCAUGAAGGCGGAGAACUGGUUUAUUUUCACCUGCUGCCUCUGUGGCCUGAGCGCAAUAGCAGGGCUCGAGCUGGCGAGACUUGAUGAAUGUGGCACCCCUAGAAGGCCGCUUAUAGAUGCGGCUAACCUUCAAAAGCUGCGGGGAAAAAACGGCAGACGUGAUGCAUAAAAACAUCAGCGAUGGCCGGAUGCAUCAGAAGCAGAAAAUCGGCUGAUGAAGAAACUGUUUUCUUCAUACAAUGUUAAAGUGCGUCCCGCACGGAGCCCAGAGGAAAGGGUCGUUGUGAGGAUAGGCAUGACCCUCUCAUCAUUUCUCAGCCUGAACAUGAAAGAUGAGGAGAUGAACACUAUUGUUAUUAUGAACUUGGAGUGGAACGAUUAUCGCUUCUCCUGGAACCCAAAAGAGUUUGGGGGAAUUGAUGUGUUGCGUAUCCCGUCUGGAAAAGUGUGGCUUCCUGAUAUUGUUCUCAUCAAUAACAAUGAUGGCGUGUUUGGUGUAGCUCUACAGGUCCAUGUGCAGGCUUACAGUAACGGCCGUGUGACGUGGACCCCACCAGCACUUUACAAGAGUUCCUGCGGGGUCAAGGUGACAUACUUUCCUUUCGACUGGCAAAAUUGCACCAUGGUUUUCCGCUCAUAUACAUAUGAUUCCUCAGAAGUGGAUCUGCAGCAUGGCCUUGAUAAGAGAGGAAAUGAAAUCCGGGAGAUUGUCUAUGACACAGGCUUUAGUGAGAGUGGAGAAUGGCAUAUUCGUCACAGGGUUUCUAGGAAGAAUGUGCGAGAGGACCUGUAUGAGGACAUCACCUUCUACCUGAUCAUCGAGAGGAAGCCCAUGUAUUACGUGUUUAACAUCAUCCUGCCCUGUAUCCUCAUCACCAUCAUCGCCAUUUUUAACUUCUACUUGCCACCUGAUGCGGGGGAGAAGAUGGGUCUUUCCAUCAACGUACUGCUGACUUUAACUGUCUUCCUGCUUCUGCUUGCCAACAAAGUCCCAGAAACAUCUCUGGGUGUUCCCAUUAUUGUCAACUACUUGAUGUUCACCAUGAUCCUGGUCACCUUUUCUGUCAUCCUCAGCGUAGUGGUGCUCAACCUUCACCAUCGCUCCCCCAACACACACCAAAUGCCCCUCUGGGUGCGCAAGAUCUUCAUCCACAUGUUGCCUCCAUACCUGGGGAUGCUGCGGCCCAAAGUGGAGACCCCUCUUUUUCUUGAGAAACCUGCCAAAAAGGAGAACAUCCAAGCCAUCAGCAGAGUGGCCGAUGAGUACUUCAUCCGCAAGCCCAACAACACCAACUUCCUCUUCCCCAAACCCCACAGGUACCAGCCUGAUGGACCGUGCACCGACCUGAGGAAGUUCAUUGACGGCCCGAGUCAUUACCUCACCCUUCCUCCAGAUCUCAAGGCAGCCGUGGAGGCCAUCACGUACAUCGCAGAGCAGCUGCAGGCAGAGAAAGAUUACGAGGCUUUAAAGGAGGACUGGCAGUAUGUCGCCAUGGUGGUUGAUCGACUCUUCCUCUGGAUCUUUGUGAUUUUUACCACCCUCGGGACACUGGGCAUUUUUGCUGACGCCAGCUUCAAUGCCACACCGACUGACCCCUUUCCCUAAAUCUGACAGUUGUUCUUUCUAGUCCUAAACUUUUCGACUCAAUAACACUGGCAUGAGAAGGGUUAAACACUGAUGUGUAUUUAUGCACGAGUAUGGUCUUUUACUGCAACACAAAGGGCACAGCAAUUCAUUCACACAAUAUUUCUGUUGUAAUGCAAUGGAUAGAUGUAAAAAAUGGCUUUACUAUCACAGAGUUUAGUGGGAUUUGUUAUUAUAAUACAUUUUUUGCCAUUUUUAAAUUAUGCAGUUCCUCUUUUUGCUUUUCCAUUAGCAGUACAACAGUGGCUUUCUCAUUAACUUUGUGUUUUACUCAUUAGUCAUUUGAAUUUUAAAUCAGUGUUUUUGUUCUGGUUUUUGCCUACGAGAUUGUUGUGUGCAUCACUUAAUGUUACUGUAAUAUAUCUUUCUUUAUUGUUCCAGUUAAAUCAGUUUUUGCACAUAUGCAUUAUUGUUUUUUUUUAAAUUAACUCAGUUUGGCUCACCUGCUCAGAUUUAUUUUUUUUCUUUGCGCUGCAUUCAUCAUCAAAUAAAUGUAGCCUUGGUGAGUAUAUACAUGAAGUUUUUCAAAAACCCAAACCUUUAAACAGUAGUGUAUUUGCAUUGAUGAAUAAUGUGUAAGGAAUUGCUCUGAUACUGCAGUGUGAUGUGUGGAGGCUAUUCUAGUCAUUAUAGUGACCGCUUUUUUAAGGAAACUUCUGUGUGCUGAAUAAAGAGUAAAGAGUGUGUUCUGAAAAUCUGCUUUUUUGUCAGAGAUUACAAAACAGACCUUUUACAUCCUGGGACGCUAAUGUCCUCUUACCUAUAUAGACUCUAUCAGAGAGAACAACUGUAUAGAUGCAGAAAAACACAUUUACCUUCAUUGGUGGUGUAUAUUUUUCUAAAAAAGUGAUGUCUUCUUUAUCUCACAACAGAGAGGCAAGGUUUACUUCUACAAAAACACUAAUCAGAAACAAUCUAACCUGAAGUCUGUUCAGUGGUCAAAGCCACACUGCCCUUAAAAAUAAAAACACUUUGAGUUUGCUGUUGA